GCGAAAAAUCAGUCAGUUACUUCACUCCAAAUCUUCAAUCAAAUACCUGAGCUAGGGUUUUACUGCUCCCUGUACCCUCAAAACCAUGAAACUAGCGCCUCUUAGCACCGUUGGGAACGCCCAUGACGAUUCGGUGUGGACGGCGGCGUGGGUUCCGGCCACCGAUGAGUCGCCGCCGCUUCUCCUGACGGGAUCCCUUGACGAGACUGUCCGUCUGUGGAAGCCGGAGGGUCCCCAGAAGCUCCAGACUAACACCGGUCACUGCCUCGGUGUGGUCUCUGUGGCCGCCCACCCAUCUGGAAGAAUCGCUGCCUCUGCCUCCAUCGAUAGCUUUAUUAGGGUUUUUGAUGUUGCCACAAAUAAUACUAUUGCAACCCUCGAGGCUCCCCCUUCUGAAGUCUGGCAAUUACAGUUUAAUCCCCAGGGUACCAUACUGGCAGCAGCUGGAGGUGGUAGUGCAUCAGUGAAGCUGUGGGAUACUGCUCAAUGGCAAUUGACUGCAACACUAUCAGUUCCUCGACUAGAAGGCUUGAAACCCUCAGAGAAAACUGGCAGCAAGAAGUUUGUUCUCUCAGUUGCAUGGAGCCCUGAUGGUAGACAAAUUGCUUGUGGUUCAAUGGAUGGAACCAUCUCAAUUUUUGAUGUGACUCGUACGAAAUUCCUACACCACUUGGAAGGCCACAACAUGCCUGUUCGAUCUCUUGUGUAUUCAUCAGCACCUCUUGAUGCAAGGGUCCUCUUUUCUGCCUCAGACGAUGGCCACACCCAUGUUUAUGAUACAGAAGGUAAAACCUUGAUUUCAUCUUUGUCAGGCCACUCUGGCUGGGUUUUGAGUGUGGAUGUGUCCCCCGAUGGAAUGGCGAUUGCAACGGGCUCGAGUGACCGGACUGUUAGGUUAUGGGAUCUUAAAAUGAGAGCGGCUGCACAGAUAAUGACCGGCCACACAGACCAGGUCUGGUCAGUGGCAUUUGGCCCUCCUAUAAAGACGGAUGUUAGAUCUUGUCUGCUUGCUAGCGUGUCUGAUGACAAGAGCUUAUCUUUCUAUAAAUAUGCUUGAAAAUUCAACCCCUUGGGUUCUCUUUUGGAAGCAUGUAGAUUGCUCUGAUUGUUGUCGUAACUGUCCUCUUUACAUUCCCGCUACCAUUUGUAAGUUAGAACGGAAUUUGUAGUUCAAUUUUUGUAUAAAAUGUCACUCUUGCAACAUGUUAAUAUUUAGAAUGUUAAUUUGUCUAUCAACAAACAAGAGGUAGAUUUCAAG